UGUCGCAAACACCCCCUGAACGGUUGUUCUCCAUUUUUAAAGACAGCAGGGAGCAGAUAAGUAUACAUUUCACCAAAAAGUAGAAGCUUAAGGGGAUGUGGAAGAAAAAGGAGGGCUUGCACGAUGCUCAUGUUCCACAAUAUUUAGAAAGCCACACCUCAGCUUCCUUUAAAAGGGGCUGGGUUGUUGGUUUUAAAGCACUUCAAGCUCAUGAUAAUUGUCAUACCAUGCAGCGGCAACCAAAGAUGGUAUCAGUGCUGACUGAGGACGGAGGACAGGCCGCUCAUCUCUGGAUCAGAGAAAAGGAAGCAUAUACUCCCGUUCCUCUUGAUUGAGCAGAAAGCUGUCAUGGUGUCUGGUUUGAGAGGGAGGUCGUGAUUCUUCCUCAUACAGGGAGUCACAGCUGAGGACCUGAUGGGGCGUUACAACACUAAGAGGACUGGGCUCGGCUCAAUGAAGAAGCGCCUCCUCCUCCUCUCCUUUCUCUGUGUUUUACCGCUGUGUCUUCUCAAUGGAUGGUGGAGAAGAUUUCCGGCCCAGACAGCUAUAAAUCCUUCCAGCUUCCGUAACAUCACGAUCCUGCUGUGGCAUUGGCCCUACGGCAGGUCGUCGUCCCUGAAGGGGGACACGUGCUGGGAUCUCUACCGUAUCCCUCGCUGUAGACUGGUGGACCAGCGCUCCUUGUUCCCCUCCGCUGAUGUGGUGGUGUUCCACAACAGAGAGCUGGCACUGGGCCGCCAAAAGCUGCCCCUUGACCUUCCACGGCCACAGGGCCAGAGGUGGGCCUGGAUGUCCCUGGAAGCCCCUCUUCACAAUGGAAAGUCGCAUCAGUAUGCAAAUAUAUUCAACAUGACCAUCAGCUAUAGGAGAGAUGCUGAUGUCACUGUUCCAUACGGCCAGCUGCUACCAAAGGAGGCUGAAGGACAUCUGGUGGACAAUGUCCCUCUCAAUAAGAGCUCCUUGGCCUGUUGGGUGGUCAGCAACUACAGAAAGCACCACAAGAGAAGCAAAGUGUACCAAGAGCUAAAGGCAGUAGUUCCUGUGAAGGUUUACGGACGUUGGACUAAGACACCUCUUUCCCAAAAUGCCCUCUUAUCUACAAUCUCUCGCUGCUUCUUCUACUUGGCUUUUGAGAACUCAAUCAGCAAAGAUUACAUCACAGAAAAACUGUGGAGGAAUGCUUACCAAGGUGGCGCGGUGCCUGUCGUCCUGGGACCCCUGUUAGGCGACUACAAAUCUGUGGCUCCACCUAAUUCUUUUAUCCAUGUCGAUGAGUUUGCAUCAGUCAAGGAUUUAGGAGAGUAUCUACAACAGCUUGCAGAGGACAAGAAACGCUACAGUGAAUAUUUCACUUGGAAACAUCAGUGGACAGUAAAGUUGUACAAAGACUGGAGGGAGAGACUGUGUAAGAUCUGCUCACAUUACAACAGCUUACCUCAGGAGAAAGUUUACUCCAAUCUAGAGGCCUGGGUCAAUGGCUCAUAACACUUGAGCUUGCAUAUACAUAGUUAAUGUGUAAUUUAUCACAUUUUUGGAGGAUUAGCAUCCUUGAGAUUUCAGGAAAAUCCUUUUUUAAAGGCACUUUGGAAACAUGCUUAUUCACUGUGAGCACCUACCCAACACAACUUACAUUAACUAUUUCAUACUAAGAAUGACCAAGUUCAAACACCUGACCUCCCUGGAGUAAAAUGGAUUUAAGUUUUUUGGAGCCGUGUUGUUUAGCAUUUCUCCUCUUUAAAACUCAUGUACUACAGUACAAGCAAAAAGGUUACUGUAAAGAACACUGACGCACUUCAAUGUAAUUUACAAACAAAAGCAUUAUGGUUUAUGUCUGGUGGACACACUGUUAAGGGCUUUAAAACACACUCAACAAUUAAACUAGUGUGGAUAAAGUCUGCAUUUGUUUUCAUGUAAAAUAGUUACAUAUUGUACUCAAACAGAAACAUGUGAACCAUUUGAUCUCAAUUCAAGUCAAAUUAGCUUGAGUGUGCUCUAUUCUACUGAAGCUUGGAAUCUUCAUGAACUACAUUGUAAAUAUUUGAGUAGGGCUGCAUUAUUCAAAAGGCUAGCCCGUUGUUGAAGUAUUUGGGCUUGGAGAUGUCCGAUACUUUCUUUUAAAAUUUUUGUCUGUUGUAUGGUUUCAUGUCCAACUUCCCUUUCCAAAUUAAAAGAUGGUUUACUUAAUGAA